AUGCAGCACAUCGACUCACAACAAAUCAACCACGACAUCCCCGCGCGUGUCUCUUAUCUUCAGUCCUUCCUCCUCUUCGAACCAGCCACAGAUGGACCCUUGCUCAACAGUACCAAACCUGUACUCGCUCCCAUCCUGGACGUAAUUGUUGACUCGGUUUACGACCACCUCCUCGAGUAUGAUAUUACAGCUGCCCCUUUUGCGCGUGCUCAGACUUCGGAUCAGCAAUCUGUCAGUGUGUCACAAUUGGACGGCUUUCACGAAAAUAUCAAAUUUCGCAAGGACUUUUUGAAAAGAUAUCUGAUCAAACUGGUCGACAAUACAGAUUGGACGCCGGAAAGCAGAUUUUGGGACUAUCUCGACCGUGUAGCAAAAGCUCACACUGGGGCAACCGAUUCAGGACUUAAAUGGCGACUUCAUAAGCCGAAGCUGUUGGUCAGCUACCGCGAGAUCAGUCUCCUCUUAGGCUGGGUACAGAACGCGGUGAUGGACAUAGUGAUGGGACUCGAUAACCUUGACCUAGAGACCAGGCUCAAGGUCGUAAGGGCUCUCAACAAAUACUGGUGGCUACAGAACGACCUCUUUGCGAGGCACUAUACAAAGGAUUAG